AUGGAAGUAGAAGAAGGAGUCAAGGUAUUGGGGUUGUGGACAAGCCCGUACAGUAAUAGGGUUGAUACUGCCCUAAAACUGAAGAGCAUACCCUACGACUACAUAGAAGAAGAGGACAUAUACGGCAAGAAAAGCGAGUUGCUACUGAAGUUAAACCCGGUUCACAAGAAGAUUCCGAAACCCAUCGCCGAGUCUCCUGUAAUUCUCCAGGACGUGGUUGAGACAUGGAAAACCAAUUACUCCAUCUUGCCUCAAGAUCCAUACCAGAGAGCCAUGGCUCGUUUCUGGGCCAAGUUCAUUGAUGUUGAGUUUAAAGGUGAGGGAUUGAGCAUAACGGUGGCUGGGCACAGCAUGGGGAGUUCACUGGGUGUUCUGUUUGCCUACGAUGUUGCUGAGCUUGGAUUGAAUAGGAACUGCGGAUUGGACCGAGAAAUCCCGAUCACAGUUUUCGCAUUCGCCAGCCCAAGAGUCGGGAAUGCCGACCUCAAGGAAAGUUGCGAGGAGCUGGGUGUGAAAGUUCUAAGAAUAGCCAAUGAGGGAGAUACGAGUUUCCAUGGAGUUGCUCGUGUUACGCUCACGUGGGUGUUGAACUGGCGAUCAACUUUUUCAUGA